GGGCCGCCACUGACCGCCCGGCGCGCCGGCGGAGUGGCCAAUGGGGGGGCCGAGCGGCUCCGCGGCCGGGCGGCCCGGCCGGUCUGGCGCCGCCAUGAAGGAGCCGGCGGCGGCGGCCGAGGAGGAGCUGCUGCGGGACUACCUGGCCUACUAUGCGGCCCAGGGGGCGGGGGGGACGCUGGCGGUGUGCGACGAGGCCUCCCUGAAGGCGAGGGCGCGCCGGCUGCUGGGCCCGCGGCGGCGCGGCGCCCUGGACGUGUGCGGCCUGGCGGAGCAGUGCCGGCGGCACCGGGGCGAGCGGGGCGGCGACGUCCUCCGGGCCCUGCUGAAGGCGCUGGAGGUGCUGGAGCUGCUCUGCAUCAACCUGCUCCUCUCCCCCUGGCGGAAAGAGAUCAGGUCGCUGAAGACAUUCACCGGUAAUUUUGUCUACUAUAUUCAAUCUGUGCUCCCAGAUGACAUUGUAAAAACAGUACUGGAGAAAAUAGGUUACAUUGCAACAACAGCAACGGAGUUUUCACUUGUCAAACAGAGAAACAAUGAGGAAACAAAGCAGACUGCAUUUGAAAUAUUCCUGGCAAGAAACGAGUGUGAAACCAUCCUUGAAAUGACAAAUGAAGAAAAACAUGGCAAUUUGGAGAAGGCUCUACAGAAGAGAACACAAACGCACCAGCAUCAUGGAGAUAAGGACAAAGAGGAUCAGACAACCCAGAGAGAAGAUGCUGAAAAUAUAGAAAAUAAAGAAAACAGUGAGACGUCUUUGUGCCUUACUACUCAACAGAAAUCCUCAACUAAGAGCAAUAUAUCCUUUGAAGCUGCUGGGAAUCUGAAGAUCAAAGAUGACGUGCCUCAGUUAGCAGUUGCUCAAUCCGCUAACAGGCUUCAGGAACACCAAAGGCAAGUCAUUAACACUGCACAUUUUCCGGGCAAAUGCUCAGACAGUGAGGACUUCUUGAUCAAAUAUAGUGACAUUGUCAUAAGACAAACCCCUAUUUUCAAUGAGAAUCUUUCUCCAAAAGCUUUUGAAAAAAAGCCAAGAGCCAGUCUAAGUGAAGAAUGUGUUUUGGCAGUCACUGCAGAGUCAACUGCAAAUGAGCUGAGGCCUGUGCCACUCUCACCAGGAGCAAGCGGUCCGCCAGCAUUUGCAAUAUUUGCUGACAGCUCUUGUGACAUCAAAAACACUUCGGAGUACAAAGCUCAAGAAGUCCCUGAAGAAUCAAUUGAAGCAGAAAUUAAUGAUGCCAUAAAUUGCAUAGACCUGGAUCCUGCAGAUGAACCCAAUGAGCUGAAGUCUCUGCCAUACGAGGACGUUGCACCUGUCCAAAACUGCAGUGUCCCCAGGGAAGAUGAAGUUUGUGAGCUGUCUUUAACCUUCACAAAACUACAAAUCAAGGACACUGAAGAAGACCUUAGGUAUCCAGUAGAGGAAACUGGUCAGCCUGAGUCAGUAUCAUGUGCAAGUGACAGGAAUGUACCAGAAUUUAAUAAUUUCAAAACAAAAUGUACACAUCUGACUAAAGCUCAGAUGCACAACAGAGCAGCGGCACAUAUUGAGCCAUCUUCACAUCUAUGCUGCACACCUGAGAAUACAGAGGAUCCCACUACUGGUUCUGACAGCAAGAGGCUGCUUAUGGAUACUGCUAAUGCACAUACAGCUGCUGAGUGCUUCAGACACAUUCGAGAGCCCCCUAACCUCACCUACAUUCCACCACAAAGUAUUGAUGUUCGGGCUUCAUGCAUCAGAAGGAUCGGUGCACAGGGCAGAAGGAACCUCUUGCAGCCUGAACAUGACUCUCCUGAAUCCAGUCAAGUAAAGCUGGAGAACUAUGAUUCAAAAGCAAAUGAAAUCCAGGAGCCUUAUGUUAUUAUUGACAAAACUGACCAAGGAAUGUUAUGCCGUUACACUUGACUGCACCAGUGUUUUAUUUGUAAUUUGUCUGGGUUUUUUCCUCUUGCUUGUGGCCUUGAUCCUCUUUUCAAACAGAUGAUUGGCUUUCUAAGCAGUUUAAAAAAACAAAACCAAACAAAACAAAACCAAAAAACACCACCAGUUUUGCACAGCAAAAAGGGGAAGUAGUUGAGCAAAUUCUUAAUGGCCCCUUCUCAUCUGGAACCUUUGGCACUGAAAACUGAAUGGUCAUCUUUCUAAAGCAUAGGCAACUUCCAUAAAUGUAAGUGCAUUUAAUUCAUUAGCAAGACUCCUUCUGGCAGUACUUCAUGUGAGCCAGGUUUCUUCAGUUAAGCAUGCUUCUACUUCCCUCCCCUCCCCCUUUUUUUUUGCUUUACAGACCUAUUCCUGGAGUAUUCUUCAAGUAUGGCAUGCUACACAAUGGCAGAAACAGGUGAAUAUUUCUAAACUGGAAGACCCAAUUUUAUAGCUUGACAAGUGCUAUACUGGAGUGUACUUCUGUUAACUCCUCACAUUCCUAUGAAGCUGUGCUCUGAGCUAAUCUUUCUCGUGUUUUCAGUUGAAAAUAAGUUUAGAAAGUUUUAUAACAUUCCUUUACGUUUAAAGAAGGAAAUGGCCCUGUGAACACUUUUAUUUUUAUUUUUGCUACUGCUACCAGCAGCAGAAGAAGGUGGGCUUUUAUUUACCAAGCUGUCAAUUGCUCAGAGACUGUCUGGUCAUCCGUCUGCUGGUGGGAUGUGGCCAGUUACUGUCAUUGCAUCACUUUUUCCCCCUUGCUCUUCACUUAUUAAACCUCUAUAUUGACCCAAAAGCUCUCUGCAUUUUGCUCUUACCAUUCUCCCCUGCCCUGGUGGGGAAGGGGGCAGCAAGCAGCUCUGUAGGAGUGCAGCUGCUGCCUGGGUCAACCUACCACAGCCUCCUUGCUCUUCAAGUACCCAUCUGUUCUUCCUAACCAUUUUGGUUUUUAUAAGCUGUAUUUUUCCCCCUGUGGGGGUUAUUAAAAUUAUGUGGUUUAAAACUCA